AUGUGUCGUCCCUCACCCGACUCCCGUCGCCGUGUUUCAAUCGACCAAAUAAUACUAGCUAGUGGUUCUACCAGCCGGCACAAGAAGAAGACUCCCACGUUACAAGUUGAUGACUCUGAAGACAAACCAGAGGUCGCAACAAAACAACAUCACAAACGCAAGCAUGUUGAUGACUCUGAAGACGAACCAGAGGUCGCCCCAAAACAUCAAAACAAACGCUCGCGUAAGACUGCAUCCAUCAAUGAUGAAUAUGAAUCAGAAGCAACAUCAUCACCAGUUGCAAAUCGACAGAAGAAAGGGAAGGCAAAGGCUACAAGCGCAAGGGGUUCCAGAUCUGUUGGAAAGGAGGUUUGUCAAUCAUUUUGA